CAAAUAGCCAGUCAUGAACUUCCACUUUGCAAACCCCAGAGAUGAACAGAAGCAAUCUCUCUUCUUUCGACUCCCACGCGAAAUACACGCUGAUAUCAUCACCAUCUGUGUCCCAACAUCUUGGCAAAGAUUCAACAAGUACCACCAAGACGAAGAUCAAAAACCUUUGCGACUCAUCAAAGCCGAACGGUGCCUGCCAGUCUUGUUCAGCACUUGUCAGGAAAUGUUAGCAAGGGCACCGUACGAUAUCUCGACCCAAGCAUAUCUUGCGUGGGCCGCCCCUAUACCUCCAUCUAUCUCCUGUCAUGGAGCAUAUCACAUGGCUCCAUACAUAAACCCUGUAUGGCCAUGGGAGGUUCUAGCCUUUGGUCAUGUACGAAACAAUGUCUUCAGAAAGGAUUGCCGGGGAAAAGUUCAGCCAGUCAUAUUGAACCUCCAAUUCCUAGAAAACCAUCUACACAGUUGAUCACCCUUUAUACCUAGAAAAAGGAGAUUCCGAGGGCAAGACGAACGGGAGAGAGGGGACAUAACUGGGCAUGACAGCGUGUAGUCACAAAAGCGG